GUUUUAGGUGAAUAAGUUCAUGUCCCCAUUUCAGUACCCAUAAGCGUGGAAUCACUCAUGUACUCACCAGCUACUUUAUUAGGAACACCCAUCCACCUGCUGUUUUAUGCAGUUCCCUAAUCAGACAAUCCUUUGACAGCAGCACAAUACGUACAUAGUCAUGCAGAUACAAAUCAAGAGCUUCAGUUCGCUUCAAACAUCAGAAUGGGGAAAAGUGUGAUCUCAAAGUGUGACUUUCUUUCUAUCAGUGCGUUUACAUGCACAUCCAAAUCGAGCUACUGUCGGUAAUCGAGCUAAGGGUCCCAGCAGGGGUGCCAGAGAAAUCCAGUCCUACAUGCACACAAGGAAAUCGAGCUAUAGAGUGCUCCGAGAUGAUGCUAAAAAUAGUAACACUGCGGUCUGCGCGGCCAUCUUGGAAGUCACUCGCUCCAGAGCGCUCAUAUGCCGCUUUUCCACUACCAACGCGGCUGAGCCGUGCGGUGCUGAGUUGGGCUGAGUCAAGCUGAGUGGGGCUGUUGGAGUUGCAUUUCGACUACAACCGUGCUGGCUGGAAGUGGGUGGACACAUUGGGUGGAGUUAGCGAAAGUGGGUGGACGUCACGUGAUGUCAUUAGGCGGCGCAAACAGUGACAUCAGUGGCCUUUUAAGCAGUAGUCUCACGACCCGGAUAGUAAACAAUAAACAUGGAGGACAUGGAGUCGUUAGUGUUGCUGGUCUUGGUGCUGUGGCUUGUUGUCACCGACAACGCCAACAGAUACUGGCAAGAGCUUAUAGAUGAGACGAGGCGCAUAAGGCUUCAGAAAUUCUCGUUAUUCGUAAUUCUUCUUCUUCUGGGUUUACGGUGUUUACAGAUCCCAGCGUGCUCGCGGGGCGUGUGGGCAUGUGAGGACACUCCUCCUCACCAAUCAGUGCACAGGGGAGUGUCUGCUCAUGCCCCUAGCCCCACUCGGCUCAGUUUGGCUCGCUUCAGCCCCACUCCAAAACCGUGCGAGUUUUGGGUGCUAAGCAGGGCUGAAGCGAGCUGAGUUAUGCUGCUCUGAGGUAGUCGAAAUGCGAGCCGUGUCGGGCUGAAGUGAGCUGAAAAAGGGUAGUGGAAAAGGGCCAAUAGAGUACACAUUCACCGAUUCGUUUCUGCGUUAGAGGGCUUAGAAGCUUGGAUUUUUUUAAGAAUUUAGACAUCUGAAGUGAUGGAGCACUACUGUGAAAGUUUGGAUAAGCAGGCACGGGAGCGUUAUGCUGAGAAGGUACGUUUCAUUGGGAAUGUAGAUCCAUACACUGUUCGUGAGAAGGAAUGGAAAGCUGACCCCAGCUUGUUGCCGCAUGUGACAUACAUCGAUCUUGUGAACUAUCUAGUGUUUCACCCAAGUCCAUUUUGUGAACUAAAGCAUGUGUACAUAAACAUUACUAGGCCUAGAUCUUAAAUGCCAUUUGAUGCAACAAUGCACUGCAGUAGACAUAAGCUACCUAAUGUGACAAAUAUAUCCAUUAAUCAUUGCUGAAAGUACAUAGAAAAGAUAAUAGUUUGUAUCACAUUUAUUUUAGUAACUAUGAAAUUCAAGACAAUAUUAACCUACCUGUCACAAAGUGAUCAGAACAAAUCCGGAUACAGUCCAGUUGUCCUAAAUUUGAUCGGUUAAUGGCAGCCAGCCACUGUCGUCUCCUCCGCUCGCUUUUCUCCUGUGCUGCAAUUCCCUGGUUAGUCAUGACUUUAGGGGGUCUGUGGAAGCUUUUGCCACCCUUUUCCCCCCCGGCUACUACAGCCAACAAUGACACACGUAUUCGGCAUUGUCACCCCUUUUUGCUUCGCUGAACAACAACAAUGCACUGACACAGCAACCUUUGACUUCCAAUAUGGCCGCCGCUGGGUUCGCGCUGACCUCGAAGCACUCUGUAGACCCCUUCGCAGUAAACGUCAUUCAUACGUAAGAGGAAAUUGUGUGCGCAGCCUGGACUCAAAAAAGACUCAGCGACGGUGUUGUCGGGUGUCCAAACAGUGGACAACAGUGAUGUAGCAGUGAUGGGGUUAAAAUGUACAGAAUUCCAGCAGGAUCUCACCCAUUCCAAAAAAAAUCGCCAACUUUUAUGACUACAAGCCAUCAAACGUGUAGACUGGGAUGAAAGCACUAUCAAAAAUGCGCGGGUUUGCAGCGCCCACUUCAUCACAGGAGAGGUCUCGCUUGACUCAAGCAGUCCAGAUUUUGUGCCAUCAUUAUUUGCGUAUGCCGAAAAUCACAAUUUUAAAGCAAGGAUGGAAAGAUUUGAAAAAUGAGGAUGGCUAUGAAAUCUCCAUUCCCUUUGAAGACAGUAGUGCAGACCAGUCUGGUUUCUACAACCAGAAUGACCACAUGUUUGAUGAACCUGCAUCAGGACAGACACCUCCCUGCAACCCAUACCUGCUGAUUUCCAACCUUCGUGCCCAGCUGCAGAUCUCCCUGGAAAAGAACUCAUGGCUACAGAAACGCAUAGAGGACCUGGAAGAGGAAAGAGACUUCCUGCGCUGCCAGCUUGACCGGUUCAUCUUCACCACCAAGAGUCGGGAGAGGAAUGAGCUUCAGCCUGAGGUUUCCCAACAACCCCCAUCCCAGAAGACAGCCCUUCGCAGGGCUUCGACCCCAUCUUCAUUGCCCAUGAUGACUCGUUCUCGACAAGCGCGCAGCCAGACCCUAAAGCGUAAAAAGAAAAACAGUGUUCAAGAUGAGGAAGAGGAGGAAGUGCUGGAGGAAGAGGAGUAUAUAGAGGAGGAGGGCUACCUUGAAGAGGAGGAGAUUAUCUCAAACGAUGACGACUCUGACGGCAAAAACUGCAAAAGAAGCAGCUCGAAAAUCAGGUCAAAUGGUGGGCCGAUGAGCGUGAAAAGAACUCGGGUAUUCCGCAUAGCACGUGGAAUGGAGAGACAAAGAGUGAAAGACCCUGCCGGAGUUCUUUUUCGCUACAAGAAGAUUCUGGUGACGUACCAGAAGCUGAAGAGCAUGUCCAGAGCCUUCCAGGUUCAUGGGGUCGACCGUAACACAGUAGCCUCCACCACUCCCAUUGCAGAGUUGCUCCUGGUUGCUCCAGAGAAAGUGGAAGAAGUCGGCGAGUUUGAUUCCUCCAAGGAGAAGCUUCUAGACUAUGCACGGCGCUGCUACAAGGCCCUUGAUGAGACCGCUCAUGCCAAGGUUCAGGCCUUGAAGAAAAACAACCUCCUGCUGCCCAUCUCCUACAGAUUCAGGAACUAAUGCACCAAAAAAACUGUUUCCUUGAAACCUUGUUCAGUGAGUCUUGGAAAGAGGGUUCAAGGGUGCUGAUUAGCUGUUACGGCAUCUAAACAAAGAACUGUGCCGGGUUUUUUUUUUUUUUUUUUUCUACCUCAGCUAUUGGUUGUUAUUAUUUGGACUGAAACACUGAAGAAAACUCCAGUAGAAUUGCUGAUAGUGGUAAAGAUUGAUGGGAAGGUCACUCCUUUUGUUGGUUUGUUUUUAGUCCGAGUUUGUCAGUCCAAGUCAGACAGGGUGGGGUCGGGGCGACUGAAGGGUUCGAUGAGGCAUUGACAGAGAUGUUUGAGUAAUGAUGUGGAAAAGUAAGAAAUAAGCAGAAAAGAAACCAAGGGAGUUGGAAUGGCUGAGAUCGACAUUUCAUCCAUUACCUUGUGAAGAAUAUCACUGUAUUUAAAUACUGUAUAUGUAUAUUUUUGUACUCGUUUAUUAUUUGGGAAAAUGUAUAAGUGACUGUUAACUUCCUCACUCCUCAGAAGAAUGUUACACUUAUUCACUUGGAUCACCCCAUUCAUUAAAACCUGUAAUGUAGCUUCCUGAACUAUGUGAGCCCUUCUGAUUUAUGAUUAUGAAAAAGAUGUCCUAAGUUUGAAGACAUGGGGUUUAAAAAAAAAAAAAUUACAGAUUAAGCAGUGUUUGUUAUUAAGAAACAGCAGUUUAGUCAUCUGUAGUUCAUAUUUGAUUCACCAGAGCCUGUAAGGACGCGCUGGUCUUUUCAGUUUGGCUUUCACAAUAUUUUGAUAAACCUUUAGGUUUGAUUACUGUACCACUCAUUCAGUAGUCGCGUUCAAUCAUUUACCUUCACACAUUCCUGUAAACACCUGAUUCUGAUUAACUAACGCUAAGACCAAAGAUAACAUUGUGUAGUUAUGUCAUUAUUCUCAGGGAUGUUGCCUGAUAACUCUGUUCGAUCACCUAAAAGUGUAAAUCUUCACUUUUCUGCCUUAUUAUAUUACUGAGGUCUUAAUACACUGUGUAAUCAUAGUGAUGUCGUUAAUGCCUGUGUUUAAGUAAAAGACGAUUGUUUGGUUCUGUGA